AUGGCGUUCGAAUGCCGUGACGGCGAUGACAUGGACGGUUUAGUAAAACGACGUAGAGAAUCUGAAUAUUUUACAAUUGUUAUGCAUCAUGGUGGCUUUAUGGUAAAUUCAUAUGGUUUUAAAUACACUGGAAAGGAGGUAAGUUUUAUUGAUACGUGCCAUGUGGACAAUAUGUCAAUGCUUGAAAUGUAUGAUAUUGUGGAAGAGUUAGGUUAUUCUGGUUUGUGGCAUUUGUUUUGGAAACAAUCUGGGCAUAAAUUUACUGUUAAGCCAUUAAGAACAGAUUGUGAUAUCAUUAGCAUGUUAGAAGAUAUGCCCAGGAAUAGGCACAUUCAUUUGUACUUAGAAGAAAAUGAAGCAAACUUCUCGAACGAAACCACUGAAACCACUCAAACCAGAUAUCACAAUGCAACUGAAACUCAUGAAACUGUUAUAACUGAAAUUGAAAAUGAUGUGAGUGAGGAAGAGGGGUCUGUACAUGAGGUAUAUGUGGGUGUAGAUUUUGAAAGAGAUUUUAAUGGGUUAAACAAUAGAGAUGAGGGAAAUAUUAAUGCAUCUUUGAAUGAUGAAAAUGAAACUGAUGAAUUAGAGUCAUUGCAUACUGAAACUGAAUCUGAUUUUGAGUCCGACUCUGAUGGUCGAGGAAAACAUAGAUGUCCUGAGUUUAACGAUGAAACUGAUAUGGAAAACCCACAGUUUAAAGUUGGAAUGAUUUUUGGUGAUAAGUUGAAGUUCAAAGAGGCUGUCAGGCAGUAUGGGAUUAAGAAUAGGGUUAAUAUCAGAUUCAAAAGAACUAACAGUGUUAGGGUGCAUGUUGUUUGCAAGGAAGGGUGUCCGUGGUAUAUUUGGACAUCAAGGGUUGAUCUAAAAGAUGAAACAAACACCUCAUGGCAAAUUAAGUCUUAUGUAGGAGAUCAUAAUUGUUUGAUGGGUUUUAAAAAUAAAAAUGCAACCUAUAAGUGGAUGUCUAAAACAUAUCUUGAAAAAUUUAGGGCUAAUCCUCAGUACCCAAUUACAGCUUUAAGGCAGAAUGUAUUAGAAGAUCAUGUAUAUAAAGUGUCAUUGAGUAAAUGCUUGAGAGCUAAGCACUUAGCUCUUGAUAUGGUCCUUGGGAGUCACAAGGGUCAAUACUCAAAGAUAUAUGAUUAUCUUGGAGAAAUUAGGUCUUUUAAUCCUGGAAGCACAACCAUUCUAAAAUUGGAUAAUAGAGUGUUUGAAAGAAUGUACAUAUGUUUACUAGCAUGCAAAGAAGGUUUCAAAGGUUGUAGACCUAUAAUUAGCAUUGAUGGUUGUCACCUUAAGGGCUAUUAUGGAGGUACUCUUUUGGCUGUUGUUGGUAUUGAUGGUAAUGACAACAUCUAUCCAAUUACUUAUUCUGUUGUUGAGAGUGAAAAUGAAUCAUCUUGGACUUGGUUUCUGUUACUGUUGGCAACUGAUUUGGAGAUUGAAACCUCCCAUAAUAUCACAUUUAUGUCAGACAAACAAAAGGGACUGGUUGAGGCAAUGAUGCAUGUUUUACCUAAUGCUGAGCAUACGACUUGUGUGAGACACUUGUACUCCAACUUUAAGAAUAAUGCUCAAUUCAAAGGAAAAAACUUAAAGGAUGCACUGUGGAAGGCAGCUAGAGCUACCUACAAAAAAGAGUUUGAAUAUGCAAUGGAUGAACUGAAAGCAUUAUCAAAACCAGCCUUUGAUUGGUUGAAUGCAAAAGGCCCUGUCAAAUGGUCUAAAUCUCAUUUCUCCCCAAGGAGAAAUCAGACAUGCUUCUCAGCAAUUUAUGAUUCUGGAAGCCGCGAUAAACCAAUUUUGACUUUAAUGGAGAUGAUUAGGACCAAGAUAAUGGAAAAUAUUGCCAAGAAAAAGGAAGUUGCAAACAAGUACACUGGAAGUUUGUGUCCAAGAAUCCAAAAGAAAAUUGAACUUGCAAUUCAACAGUCCACUAGGUAUUGUUAA